AUGGCCUACGACCCGCGGGCCCUGCCCUCCGCCGCAGCGCCUGCCCAGGCGCCAAUGCCCUCGGCUACGGCGCCGCCGUACUCUCUGAACCAGGGCAAGACGGGCUCGGAGAUGCGCGUCGGAAGCUGGCUGAUCAAGAGCUACAAGCGCCCUAUUCUGAACGGCAAGGAGAUCGAUGCCGUUGAGAAGGAGCUCUCCCUACCUUUGCCCGAGAUGACGUUCGGUAACAACGGGUUGCACCUGGCAUUUGAUGGGGGCGUGACCAUCACGUUUGACGGGAUCAGCGCGCUGCGUGAGGUCGCGGUCGGCGAUGGGUGGGAGGAGCGGGUUGGCGGAGGUGUGCUUGUUGCUAUGGCCGAUAGCUGGAGCAAGCGAUCCGCAACCUCUGCACUCUCCGAUGUCCCGCUGAGUACGAAGCCUGUGCGCCCGCACGACUGGACGUUUAGCACCACCUACUGUGGCACCGUCACCGGGUCAAGUUUUGAGCCCUCAGACAGCGCGCAGAUCCCCAUGAAGCUGCUGGCGCGUCAGGACCCAGUGCUGGAUCGCAUCCUUUUCUACGAGGACGUGGGGUUGUUCGAGGACGAGCUGCACGACAACGGCGAGUCGAUCCUGAACGUGCGCUUGCGCGUCAUGCCCCACUCCUUCUUCCUCCUCUCGCGCCUCUUCGUGCGCGUCGACCACGUUCUCUUCCGGAUAUUCGAUGUGCGGAUGUACCACGCCUUCGACACGGACGAGGUCGUGCGCGAGUGUUCAGGCCUCGAAGCAGAGUACGACGAGGUCAAGGCCUACCUCGAGAAACCCACUGAGCUCACGCCCCUCACGGAUCCGAACUGGGUGUACGGCGUGCUACAGAAGAUCGCGGCGAAACGCGAUGGCGCGGGAGGAGCUGCCAACUCAGACUGCACGCGCGACCACGCAAGCGCCAAGCCGUGGCCAGGGCUCGGGCGGCGCGUGCACGUCCUUCGUCUACCUGCCGCGGGUCUUGCGAGUGCGCAGGCCGGAUUACGGAGCCUCAACCUCGAGACUUGA